AUGAUUGUGAUGGUCCUUGUAGGUAUUCUUCGUCAUCACAUCACAAUGCUGAUUACUGGUACACCAAAAACACCGCAACCAAAAGCUAUCCGAGAAUCUAAAGCUCUAUUACGCGCUUUACGUCUAAGAACAUUUGGCAACGUGAUACCACAACAAGCAUUUGAGGAUCGUAAAAAUUAUUUAGCUAACGCCUUUGACAAAGGCGAAUACUUGAAGAAUCCUACACCCAGCAAAGAAACUGGUGCUCCACCUAAUCCUAUGACAGAUCCAGACAUGAUGGAAGGUAUGAUGGAUGGUUUAAAGAAGCAAUUGACAAACAUGGUGCCUCAAAUGAUUAUCAUGGGGUGGAUCAACUUUUUCUUUCAAGGAUUCGUUGUUACUAAACUUCCUUUUCCUUUGACGCCUCGGUUCAAAUCUAUGUUGCAGAGCGGUGUAGAUACGCGUGAUAUGGAUGUCAGUUGGGUUUCUUCUCUUUCAUGGUACUUUUUAAACUUGUUUGGUUUAGGAAGUGUCUUUUCCUUGAUUCUUGGAGAUAACAAUGCUGCUGGCGUAGAUAUGACAGCAAUGAGUGCCAUGCCUGGUAUGAUGCCUGGUAUGGGUCAACCGGGACAACCUCAAGAUUUCAACAAGCUCUUCUUGGCAGAGAAAGAAAACAUCAUGAUUACGCCUCAUCAAUGGGAACUGGAAGAUAUUGAGCAAAGAUUGCUGGAAAAAUACGGCAAGAGACCAUAUAGUCAACAGAGAAGGAAAAGCUAUGCGGAAGCUGUGAAAACAACGCCACCCAAAAAGGGCAAUAAACGUCGCUGA